AUGGAGUUAGAUCGAGUUGAGACAUAUAGAACAAUGAAAAAAGAAUAUUUUGCUAAAGAAUAUAAAAGCCCUACAAAAGCAAAUGCAAAUAUAAAUCAAAUUGAAACUGAGGGAUCUGUGUCAGCUUCUUUUAUUGACUUUGUAAGAUUAGAAAAAAAUAAAGAGCAGUUGCUUUGCUUUAAUGAAAAAAUCAAUGGAAAAUCUGCUUGGAUUCUCCUUGAUUCUGGAGCUUCAAAAAACUUUGUAGACACAAAGUUUGUUGAAAAAAAUCAUUUACAAAAGAUUAAUAUGGCUCCAAUUAUUGUGGAACUGGCUGAUGGUCAAAAGAAAGAAGCUAUUACUGAA